AUGGCGCAGAACUCGCAGACACAAAAGCAAAAAUGGGGAGUCGGCUCUUUUUUCCAGCAGGCAGUAGCUGGCGUCGAGUCUCGGCUGGAUCACAUCUUGAUGGAUGAGGAUGGAAACCAGACCUCUGUCGCAAAGUCCACUGAUACUCAGGGCGGAGAAGAACCACCAACAAAGGCUCCUAUUGCUUCGGUUUCCCGCAGUUCAUCGACCGCGCGAAGAAAUGACCGGCUUCAGGAACGUCUAGCCCGAGCUAUGAUGAAGCAAAAUGCCUCGAAUCUCUCUUCCCAGUCUCCUCAGAACCGAGUCUCAUCACCGCCUGUUAGUCCAGUACCUAGCAAUGGAACUCGGUCGAGUAUGGACAUCGAUUCAAGCGUUGCUUCGGUGAAUAGUGCGGCGGAAGACCCCAAGAUCUCUCAGCCGAAUGACGACAGCAAUGCAGCUAAAUUAGAAUCGCCGAGAAUAAGCUACGACUCCGGCGCAUCGCCGCGUGUUUCAACGGACAUCAGCGUCGCAGACUCCGCGCCCAGGAUCUCUCUAGAUGUGGCUCACCCAUCAACCGACUCGGCCAAAGCGAGUCAAGAUAUGUCGGGCUCGCAACGCAAUGAGAUACUAAGUGAUAUUGCUUCCGGCGAUAGCCCACGGGUUAGCGUUGAAUCGCCAUCAGAGAUACCGGAGGGUGAAAAACCAGAUAUCGCUCGCUUGCAGGCUGAGCAUAAAAUUGCCGAAUCUCAAUGGCAAGAAGAAAUGCAUGGUUAUAUUGAACGUAUUGAUGCAUUGCAGUCGAAGUUGAAAUACCUCGCUAAGGAUGCUGCGGAAUCGGCUAAAAAUGCUGCGGCAAGUGCUACCCCAGGGAGUGUGCAAAAACAGCUCCUAGAGAAAGAUGAGAAGAUUGCAUUGCUUCUUGAAGAAGGGCAGAAGCUGUCUAAGUCGGAGAUGGACCACCGCACGGUGAUUAAGAAAUUGCGCCAGCAACUUACCGAAAACACCAAAUCUCAGACUGAGAUGAAGAGAAAAACGGACAAGCUUGAGCGAGACUUGGUCAACUCCGAAGCAAGAGCCAAGCGGGCAGAGGCGGCGGAGAAGAGGGCAAACGAGUCUUUAUCAUCCCAAACAAAGUCAACUAAAGACUUGGAAGCUGUUACCAACGAACGCAAUGCGCUCAGCCAGACUGUCCAAGAGAUUAAAUCGCAAUUGAGUCGGGCGGUUUCCCGCGCUGAAACCGCCGAGACAAAGGCAAACUCUGAUGCUCUAGAAUUGGAGAGGCAACGGGCAACGGAGCUAGACGAGGAGCUAUGCAACCUGAAGAUCGAGCGCGACAUCAGUGAAGAAAAAUCCAAGAGGGAGAUUACCGAGUUGAAGGAGAAGAUGGAGCAAGAGAAAGAAAGGGCUCGGAUGCUUGAGGCCGAAUUGAAAGGCGAACAGUCUCUCUUGGAAAGCAAGAUGGAAAGUCUUCGCUCCCGCGCAGAGGAAGCGUCGUCGGGGGCGACAGGAGAGACCCAGGCCAAACUUUUGCGUCAGAUCGAGACACUGCAAACCCAAUAUGCUGCUGCUAGUGAAAAUUGGCAUACACUAGAGGGCUCUUUGCUCGCACGCCUGGCUAGUGUGGAGAAAGAACGUGAUGAUACUGGUCGACGUGAGGUCGACCUCCGGAAGAAGAUUCGAGAGAUGAACCAAAAAUUAAAGAAGCUCGAAGAGGAACUAGACAACGCCAAAGAAGCCGAGCACGAUUUGGACAGCAGGCUCGAGGAACGCAUGGAAGAGCUGCAGAAGCUGCAACAUAAACUCGAGAAAGCAGCAGAGGACCUCGCCUCAACGCAGAAGGACAUGGCCGAGCAGAAGAAAACAUGCGACGCAACGUGGGCGCAGAAGCUCGAGGAGGAACGGGCCAAGUGGAGAGAGCAGGUGAACUCCCCGUCGAACUUACGUGGAGUAUCACCCGUUGCAUCUCUACGGCGAUCGAGCACUCUCGACACCAUGAACGCAGGGCUGUCGGACUUCCGCCCUCCUAGCCGGCGCUCAUCUGCUAUGCCUUUCGCCUCACCGGAAAUUGGCACGCCGCCUCGGCAAAACUCCUACCCUGCCUCAAUCACGCAAGCCACCCUUUCUCCUCCACACAUCAACACCAAUUCAUCGUUCAUGGGUGCGCCCUCUAUCAGCUUUGAGCCGGAGGAGUAUUUCGAAGAUUCUGGUACUCCUGCCACCCCUUCGGCGUACGGCGGCACCCAGGCACCUCCAUCGCGCGGUAUCAACGACAUAAUCUCCGAGUCAACCGUCGGCGCUGGCCCUUCUGUACAGCUGGUCGAGCGCAUGAGUGCCACAGUUCGCCGCCUAGAGAGCGAGCGCGCCGGCUCCAAGGACGAGUUGGCCCGCGUGACGACCCAGCGGGACGAAGCCCGGCAACAAGUUGUGGACCUUAUGCGUGAGCUCGAAGAGAAACAGCACUCGACUUCCCGCGUACAGGAACUCGAAGCUGAACUCGAAGACCUUGAUCAACGCUACCAGACUACUCUUGAGAUGCUGGGAGAGAAGAGCGAGCAGGUUGACGAACUCAAUGCUGAUAUCGCUGAUCUUAAGAAGAUCUACCGCGAGCUGGUUGACAGUACUAUGAAAUGA